AUGAAGCGCACCAUCCGCGGGUCUCGUCCGGUUCUUUACGCGAUGAUGGCGGCCACGUUGCUGGUGGUCGAAGGGGCGUCGGAACUUGCGGAAAAUGUCACUUCCGGACUCGAUGAAAACGCCACUUCCGGACUCAGGGAAAACGCCACUGCCCCGGUCGUCUGGAUGGGCUCAGCGACGACAGCGGUUAAAGGCAACCCUCACAGGGGUCCCAGACAGGCGGAACAACGCGAUCAAAGGUGCGCUCUGCCGUCGUUCAUCGGCGGCGGCACGAGCAGCGGCGAAACAGCAGAUACCGUGCUGGAGUCGACCCGGACCGUUGAUCGGUACCUAGUGAAACCCGCGGCGUACUACGAAAACCGUGUGACGUACCGAGAGAAACCGGCGGUGGCCAACGUACUGAUGCGCCGGCGGAGGCCCGUCCCGGUGCAGAGGAUAAGCCUUUUGCCGUAUUACGUUCAACGCAUGGAAUUUGCAGACCGCGGACGUCGGCCGCUUGACGGCCAAGCUGCAGUGUCGAUGACGGGCGACGACGUUCGCCGAUUGCUCCAACGCGUUUAUUCCGAAGGUGUGAUCGCGGGCGGCGAGGGGGCUGCAGCGGGACAGAACUUCGAUUCAAAGGUUUUGCCCCUCAAAGGUAGUAUAGUUCGUCAUCGCCGACGGCUGUUAUUAUCAUUUAUAUCAUAA